AUUGUGACCAGGGUCAUCUGAAUAAGCGCAUAUUUGGGGAUGCGAAUUAUGAGUGGGAUGUUCUCAGGGAUAAGACAGUUGGAGUGCAAACUGAAAUCGCUUGACGAACUUGAUUUCGAAGCUUUAAAGGAAAAAGCUAUUUGCUUACUAAAAUAUAAUCAACAGUUAGAAAAUAUUAUAUCAAAGCUUCAAAAACAAGAAAAUGAUGUCCCGAAAGUCACCAAACCUUUCAUUUUUGACAGGUAUAAGAAGCGCCAUAUUGCGCUAAAAGUAUCAUAUUUAGGCUGGAAUUACGGUGGAUUGGCUCCUCAAGGUUGUCUCGCACUAACCGUCAUGGACCGCGUUUUCGACGCACUGGAAAAAUCCAAACUCAUUGAAAAUAGAAACGAGUGCAAUUUUUCAGUUUGUGGACGAACUGACAGAGGAGUUAGUGGGCUGUGCCAAGUUGUUUCUCUUGUUUCGCGUUCACUAAUAGAUAGAGGGGUCGGAAUUAUUGAAGAUUCUGGUUCUCGUAUCUCUGAGCGUCAGGAUGUUCCUGACAAAGAAAUGGACUACGUUUCUGCAUUGAACAGAAAUCUACCACGCGACAUCCGAGUCUUAGCCUGGUCUCCCGUCUCACCAGACUUUAGCGCAAGGUUUAUGUGUUGCAAAAGGUCUUACGAAUAUUAUUUCCCUGAAAGCGGUCUAGAUACUAAAUCAAUGAUGGACGCGGGUAAUCGGCUCGUCGGAGUACAUGAUUUCAGGAACUUCUGUACUUCCCGAAUCGAAAAAGAUACUGUAACUUUCAUACGUGAAAUUUUCGAAGUGGUUAUAAGCGAUGUAGACUCGUGUGAUCAUCACUGCAAGUUAUGUCGCAUUAGCAUAUCGGCUUCGGGUUUCCUUUAUCACCAAAUACGGUAUGUUAUGUCCAUCUUGUUUAUGGUAGGAAGGGGUUAUGAAAGUCCAUCAGUUGUUGAUGACAUGUUGGAUUUGAGUAAGACUCCCGCUAAACCUCAUUAUCACCUUGCAGCUGAUUUCCCGUUGUUAUUUAUUGAUGGUACCUACCCAGAAUCUUGUUUAAAUUGGGAAACAAGUGAAGCUGCUCAACUAGAUUUGGUCAAACAUUAUCAGAAAUUGUGGUCAGAAUACGGAAUCCGGUAGAAAUAUUGUACUUUUCUUUAAACGAUUUUUAUCCAAAUUAUUUCCAGAUCAGCUAUUGUCAGAAGAAUGUUGAAUUAUGUUGAAAGUACCAUCCCAAAUAGCUCACUAAUCAAUCAUCAUUUGGAUGAAAUAUCUCCAGAGGCUAAAUUUAUUAGCACUUUAGAACUGUCUAAUAAGAAAACUGUAAUUAAGAAGCUAUCUACAAGACAUGUGGAACUUACUGUGGAUGAGAAAAUCGAAAAUUUACGUAAAAAGAGGAAAAUAGACACGUGUAUUUUGGAAAAACCCAUAGAAACAGAAAUUACUGAGCAGUGUACUUGAAAAUCUCCUUAAACAUGUGUUACAUUGAACAAGCCUUUUUUCUUCAAAAUUAUGGUGAAAAGGUUUAUAAAGUCUCUGAAAAACAUUAGAAACAGUAGGACCAUCUACUGUUUAUGACAUUACACCCAAACAAGAGCAUAAUUGUUCCUUAUCUAUCAGUAAGUAUUAAAUGAGAAAUAACCUGUGUUUGAAGCAUUUUAACCUUCUGAUACUAAUUAGAUUUAGGUUUAUAUGAAAUGGGAUAAUUUAGUAGGAUCGGAGAGUAAACAGCAAUCUGUAGUGUCAAACAUAUAGUUAAAGCAGGUCGUAGGAUUAGUCUUAAAUUAACUUUGUGAUGUUUCAUGAAAAUGAUCCAGAACUAAUGAUUAGAUUUGCUGCAAUCUUAACAACACGGAAAUUCAAACCCUCCUGUGUGUUAAAAAAUAAUCAGUAGUGACAAUAAACCUACCCUGAUAAUAUUGAUUUCAUUUUACUUCACAGAUUAGUGUAACU